UUAACUAUUAUUUGAAAAUGUCAAAGAUUACCGUUCUUAUACAAAUUCUCAAUUAUUAAAGCAACCUUCUUCUCCAUAAAAACAUCAUCUUUACACUUUACUGGGAUUUGGGUCUCUUUUAAUUUUCCUGAAACACAAACUAGAGUUUGUCUACCACUUACAUUAAAAGGAGAGAAAACAACACAAAGCCUUCGAGUUUAGUUUCUGUCAAUUUUCAAGUGAGUGGUUUUAAUGAGGGUUCGUCUUAAAAAAGAGAAAAUGCAAUGUCCUUAUGGUGUUUUGAAGUGGGUUUUGGUUUGGAUGAGUGUGUGUUGUUACCUUGGAUUCACAAUUGAACCAUCAUCACUCUGGCGUUUCAAGGAUUCUCCUUGUCCUACUCAAUGUGAUGAUUGUUACUGCUCUUCAACAGAACAACCUCUUGAUUGUGGGAAACAUGAUCCAGUAAUAAACGAGGAUACACUGACAAUGCUAUCUGAGGAAUUGAAGUUGCAGAAAAUUGUAGCCAAUGAGACCUUGGAACACACCAGAAGAUUAGUAAUGAAUGCCAGAAAUACCUUUUCACAUUAUAUAAAAGAAUCAGAAAAGUGCAAUAUAGGGAUGGAAACUUGUGAAGAAGCAAGGGAGAGAGCAGAGGCUGAACUCGUCGAAGAACACAAGUUGACAGCACUAUGGGAAAACCGAGCCCAUGAUUAUGGGUGGAAGGACAAGAAGAAAACACCCUUAACAAAUUAAUUACUAACUAUCAUUGCCUUAUUACCUUAUUGUGAUUACUUAACCCGGACAUUUUUCGGCGCCUUAAUAUUAAAUUAGAACAUUUUGCUGCAUUUGACUUAACAGCAAGGUUAAUACAAAUUUUUUACAUCACACAUUGGUUAUAA